UUUUGUUAAGUAGGGUUGGUGGAUGCUGCAAAAGCGAGCAGCAAAAUGUAUUCUGGAUCUUGAAUAUUGGAUUUUACCUUUUGGGCUAUGGGUGUGCGGACCUUUUAGGCCUUAAGCUUCUGAGUUUGACCUUGCAGGGUGGACCAUUUCUGACUAUUUAUUUUCUCGUUUUCGAUUAUUCUAAUUAAAAAAAGUCAAAUUUCAGGAGUUCUAUUAUUUUUAAAAGUACUGGCCAGUAUUAUAAAAAACGGGCAGUCAUAUUAUUUUUUGCAUUGAUUGUCAUUAAUGCUCAUCAGGGUUUUAUCCCAGACACCAUUAUCUAGUAACGACAAGAACAGUUUUUUCAAUAGAAAGUUUAUUGUUUUAUUUACACUUGGUGGUGCUUCAGUUACAGCUUUUUGGAUAUAUAGAAGAAAUAUUUAUAAAUUUAUGCAAAACAGGAGAAAAGAGGGUAAUAGUGUCGUUUCCAGUCCCCAUUUUUUCCUCCCAAUUUUUUACCCUAUGUUUGUAUGGAAUGAUCAAAUUUUCCUCUUUCUUUCACCAAAUUUGCCUUUCCAUAUUUUGCCUAAAAACAAUCAAAAGGACUUCUUUUUCCUUCUAUAA